AAUAAAUAACCAUAUCAUAAUUUCACAACUUUAUGAUAGCCUUUCAUUUGCAAUAACCACAUUGUUUUUGCACACAACAUUCAUCCUCUCAUGAGGAACUCUACUUUACUUUUGCUAUUCAUUACAAUCACAAUCCUACAAUUCCACAUACGGCAAUCAACCUCACAGCAAACAUAUUUGAACAACGAUCAACUAGAUUGUAACAACAACAACAACAACGCCACGUUCGGUUUCCAAUGUAACGGAAACCGCUCUUCGUGUACAGCUUAUGUUACCUUCAGAUCACAACCGCCUUCCUAUGGAACUCCUCCUAAUAUUGCCUUCCUCCUCAACUCUAGUGUUUCCGAAAUCGGACAGCUUAAUAAUAUAUCCGAGUUGGAUCCUAUCCCUGCUGGCCGCCUCAUAAUCGUACCUGUCCGUUGCUCCUGCACAACUACAAGAAACCGCGUCAGUAACACAACAAACAGGUUCUACCAACAUAAUGCACGGCAUAGGUUGCAGACACUAGGUGAUACUUAUUUUUCGACAGCAAACAAUACUUAUCAAGGGUUGACAACAUGCCAAGCUAUGAUGGCUCAAAAUGUUUAUAACAUGACUAACCUUGUACCUGGAGAUGAGUUACUGGUGCCACUUAUGUGUGCCUGUCCUACUGCUGAGCAACAGAGACAGUACGGGUCUCAGUAUCUGCUGUCUUAUAUUGUUACUUGGGGUGAUACUCCGACUCGUAUAGCUCAGAUGUUCGGAGCUGAUUAUCAGAGUGUUUUGGAUGCUAAUGACCUUAGAGAAGAUGAUAUUAUCUACCCUUUUACACCAAUCUUAGUGCCUCUGACAUCUACUCCUAGGCUCACAAACCUUCCUUCGCCUCCACCUCCUCUGCCACGACAAUUUGAUGCUCGUACAAGUGAUGGUAGUGGUCCUGAUACUGGUGGUGGUGGUGCUAACAAGGGAUUGUUUAUAGGAAUUGGGAUUGGAGUUGGGGUUGUGGUGCUUAUUCUUGGGUGUUUCCUAUAUUGGUUUUGUGUUAUGCGCCCUGCAAAGAAGAAGCCGCUUCCUGUCUUCAAGAGCGAGGAAAAAGGAGCUUACGAGGUUACUGAAUCAUCAUCCCUCUUUACACCAUUGCCAGUAUCUUAUACCAGUAGUCAGACCAGUAACAAAUCAUCAUCUAUGGGUUUGGAUGGAUUGAAGCUUGCAAUUGGGUCAUUGACUGCUUACAAGUUUAAGGAAAUUGAAAAGGCAACUGGGAAUUUUAGUAAGGAAAAUAACAUCAAAGGAUCCAUGUUUAGAGGUGAGUUUAAUGGUGAUGAAGCUGCAAUCAAGGUCCUGAAAGGUAAUGUUCCUAAUGAUGAGAUUAACAUUUUGAAGCAUAUCAAUCACUCCAACAUAACUCGGUUAUCUGGGUAUUGCACCCAUGAUGGAAACACUUAUUUGGUUUUUGAGUAUGCUGAGAAGGGUUCACUUGAUAAAUGGCUUUUACCCCAAGAGAAGCAGCAAUCUGAAGGCUACGAUGAUUCGCUCUCGCGACCUGUUAUAGGUUGGAAACAAAGAGUUCAAAUUGCCUGUAAUAUUGCUGAUGCUUUGAAUUACCUGCAUAGCUAUAUUCAACCUCCUUACAUCCACAAAAAUCUCAAGAGUACCAAUAUAGUCUUAGAUAGCAACUUCCGAGCAAAGAUCACAAAUUUCGGCCUAGCAAGAACUAUCCAAGAUCAAAGUGAAAACGGAGUCUUACACUUGACUAAACACGUGGUUGGAACUCAUGGUUACUUAGCCCCUGAGUACAUAGAAAACGGGGCGGUGACCACAAAACUCGAUGUGUUUGCUUUCGGGGUUGUAAUGCUUGAGCUCUUAUCAGGAAAACCAGCUGUGAAACCAUCAGGAACUAACAAAGGAGGUGCAGAUGAUUUGUUGUUUAUAGUGAUCAGAAAGGUGUUUGAGGGAGAAAAUGUGAGAGAGAAGCUGGUGGAAUUCAUGGACUCUAAUUUGAGAAGGGAAUACCCCUUGGAUUUGGCAUAUACAAUGGCUCAAUUGGGUUAUAAAUGUGUGGAUCCAGAUUUUAACUCUCGACCAUCUAUAUCCGAGGUCUCUAUGACACUCUCAAAGAUAUUCUCUUCGUCUUUGGAUUGGGAUCCGUCUGAUGAACUUGCAAAUUCAUCUUCCUUGAGUCAUACCAGAUAAUCUUUCAGGUCUUACACAAGAUUCGAUCCGGAAUAUUUUACUGCUGCAUACAUAUUAUCUUUGUAAAAUGCUGUUCAAUGUAAAUAUAUUUAUGUGCUGCAGAUGUAUUGCCAACUUGAAGAUGUAAUUUUUAUAGAAGAAUCUCAGAGAUAAGUUUUUCAUUCGUUUGAUAUAAUAGUACAGUUUUUGUUGAUUUUUGG